CAUUUUGACUGCUCGCACCACCAAAUUUAAAAAAUUGUUCUCCCGUCUAGGUCGACAUUGCUCCAUUCAAUUUUCAGCAUCAUAACGCCAAUUGGGAAUUUCUCCAGCUCCAACUCCAAGUAAAGCUCUCGUCAGCUUAGAAAAAAAAUUAAAAAGAACGUCAUGAAGAUCACAGCAGCGCGAGCUCUCCGAAACGCGGCCAAUGGCUUCCAAAGCCGUGCCUACUCACAAGCCGCCGCCAAGCCCAGGCAUCUCAUGUCCAUCAGCGACCUCAAGCCCUCAGAAUUCUCCGCCCUGGUGCGCAAUGCCGCCGCCCGGAAACAGGACGUCAAGUCUGGCCGAGUGCCGCACCUGAGCAACGGCCUGGCGGGUGAGACGGUGGCCAUGAUGUUCAGCAAGCGAAGCACCCGGACUCGAGUCUCGACUGAGGCUGCGGUUACAAUGCUGGGGGGACACCCCAUGUUCCUCGGCAAGGAUGAUAUUCAGCUUGGUGUGAAUGAGUCGCUAUAUGACACCUCUGUUGUAAUUUCAUCAAUGACAUCUUGUAUGGUCGCUCGAGUCGGCCCUCAUUCAGAUGUCACAGGACUGGCCGAGCACUCGACCGUGCCUGUUAUCAAUGCCCUCUCAGAUGAUUUCCACCCCCUGCAGACCAUUGCUGACUUUCUCACCAUCUACGAGGCCUUCCCAUCUUCUGUCUCAAGCGAUAACAGCCUCAACCUCAGAGGCCUCAAGGUUGCCUGGGUCGGCGACUCCAACAACGUGCUGUUCGACCUAGCCAUCGGCUGCGUCAAGACCGGCGUCGAAAUCGCUGUCGCCUCGCCCCAGGGCUACGGAAUCCCCGACCACAUGAGGGAGCUCAUCAACUCAGCCGCCAAUGGUGUCAAAUCACCCGGCAAGCUCUCAGAGACGACUGUUCCCGAGGAAGCCAUUAAGAAUGCCGAUAUCCUUGUGACCGACACCUGGAUCUCAAUGGGACAGGAGGCUGAGAAACAGAAGAGGCUCAAGGCUUUCGCCGGCUAUCAGAUCACCAACGAACUGGCAACUCGGGGCGGUGCCAAGGAUAACUGGAAGUUCAUGCACUGCCUGCCCCGACACCCUGAAGAAGUUGCGGAUGAGGUCUUCUACAGCCCGAGGUCUCUCGUCUUCCCCGAGGCGGAGAACCGACUCUGGGCAGCUGUUGCGGCAUUGGAAGGCUUCGUUGUAAACAAGGGUGUUCUCGAGUAAUAUUAAAUUUAAAACUUAUGUAGUUUUCUUUUUAGGAAGAAACUUUUUGCAUAUUCUCAAAAGCACAGGCGGUUUAAAAAAAAAAUCGAAUUCAUACAAAACUGCUAUAAACCAACGAACAUUCCCUUUACCAGACGCCAAGUGUCCCAAAUGGCACUAGCUAGGUACAAUUAAUACUCGUAGAAAAUCAUGACUUUAACCAGGAGGAAGCUGGCUGGCAUCAACAACCUCGUCGGCAUCCUUAAUGAUAGGCUCCUCGGCGUGCUUGGCAAGUGGUGAUCUGGGCAGGGCCAUCAGACCAGUACGGGCAGAUUCCAAAAUUCCAAAGGGAGAAACCAGCUUCAAGAAUGAGUCAAUUCUCAACGGCUUAGCGGAGACUUCAACAAUGCAGCUGGUAGUGCUAAUAUCCAGCACCUUGCCUCCGAACUGGUGGGCGAAAUAGGUGAUGGUCUUCAAGUGCUCGUGCUUGUGUCGGAGGGCCUCACUGGCAGCUAGCUUGCUAGGAUGGAAGUCCUUGGCCGACUCUUCGAGAGUUCGCUCAAACUCGUUGGUAGACUCGCCAUUGUGCUCGCCGUUGCUGAUUUCGCGGUGGUGGGCGAGCAGCUCCUCAAAGUAUUCGGGUCCGAGAAUGUUGACCUUGGCAAGAAGGAGUUCGCGCUGGACCAGGGCGGCGUUGCUAUAAUCCAGCACAGCCCAGACAGGCACCAGGUCUUCCAGCUGUCUUCUGGCCUGCUCGACAACGCCGUCCUGGCCGGUCAAGACGAUGGUCAUGCGAGACAGAUCCUCCACCUCGGUGUUGCACACAACCAGAGAAUCAAUGUUGAAGCCUCGGGCAGCAAGAAUACCGGAGAGACGAGAGAGCACACCUGGCUCGUUCUGGACCAGGCAGUUGAGGAUGUGACGCUUCGGAGGCGCCAUGGAGGGCGUGGGCGUCUCAUAGAGAAUGUUGGAGACGGCGGCCUGGGCCGACCAGGCUGGAGGAGUGUCGGUGGUGGGCAGGGGAGAAGAGCGGCGGCGCAGGGCCUUGUAGGCAAUGGCAGAGGUUGAGCUGCUGGACGAGCUGUGUCGCACAGUCGUCGUCCGCAUAGCAGUGGGGAAGGACUUUGCAGCGAGGCGCAAAGACGCGCUCCAUGGCCGAAGCGAAGCCAUCCUGCAGUGCCGUGAACCAAUCGAGUUCGGUCACUGGAAGACAGUAGGUCGGACGGCGAUGGAAUGGAUUGUUGGAUGGUUCGUGAGCGUUGAGUCAGUGAAGAUGAAGGAUUUAAAAGAAACAAAAAAAAGUUAGUGGCCUCG